AUGAGAGAGGGGGCUUUAGUUGGGGGUUAUGUGAUUUUGUUCAUUCUCUCUUUAUUGGAUGUUCAAAAGCCCUCACGUAAUAAUGAUGAUCUCACAAUGGAAAAAGUAGAUUGUGAAGCUAAAGAGCACCCACCAAGCACACUAAAGCCCCCACCUCCACUCCCUCACUCCUGCUGCUACUGCUACUACUACUACUGCUCUUUCUACUAUAUUUAUUUAUGGCGGGCCGCCGGAGGCCGCGACGCCGACUCCGACUGCUUGAGCAGCAGCAGCCGCCGCUCCUCCGCCUUCACUGCAGUGGGCUCGAGCUCCCGGCGCAGCUACGUCGACAGCACAACCACGACGACGACGACGACCGACCUCUCCCUCUCCUCCUCCGCCUCCUCCGUCUCCUCCUACGCCACGCCGCACAAGCCGCACAAGGCGAGCCAGGCCGAGUGGGAGUCCAUCCGCCGCGCGCGCGCUGCCGCGGGCGCCCUCAGCCUCGACCACUUCCGCCUCCUCCGCCGCCUCGGCACCGGCGACCUCGGCAGCGUCUACCUGUGCCAGCUCCGCCCCUGCGCCGCCGCCGCGUGUCUCUACGCCAUGAAGGUGAAAUUAACCGAGCGCAGAUUCUACGUGGCGGAGACGCUGUUGGCGUUGGAGUACCUGCACAUGAUGGGCGUGGUCUACCGAGAUCUAAAGCCGGAGAACGUCCUGAUCCGAUCCGACGGUCACAUCAUGCUCUCCGACUUCGACCUCUCCCUCAAGUGCCACGUCACCCCAAAGCUCCUCAAGCAAAGGAACGUCGACCCCAGAAGCGCUUCUACUACUACUACUACUACUGCUACUACUGCUACAACAACUACUGCAGCAGCGCCAUCCUGCGUUAGCUCCCCCAUGCAGCCCGUGCUCUCCUGCUUCUACAGCGGCGUUUCCAAGUGCAGCGCCCAAAAAGCGCUUCGGACGCCGCCGCCGAGGGCGGGGGACGCAUACGGCAGUGGCGGUGACGACGACGACGACGACGACGACGAUGGGGUGGUGGAGACGGAGCUCGUGGCGGAGCCCGUGGCGGCGCGGUCCAAGUCGUUCGUCGGCACCCACGAAUACCUGGCGCCGGAGGUGAUCUCCGGCCACGGCAGCGCCGUCGACUGGUGGACGCUCGGCGUCUUCCUCUACGAGAUGAUAUACGGGAGGACACCCUUCAAAGGUGAGAACAACGAGAAGACGCUGAUCAACAUAAUGAAGCAACCACUCCGCUUUCCGAAGAUAAACACGACGAACGCGAAGGAUUUGGAAGAUGAAUCAAGGGCCCAGGAUCUGAUAAGCAGGCUCUUGGUGAAGAACCCAAAGAGGAGGAUUGGGAGCCUGAAGGGGUCAGUGGAGAUCAAGAGGCAUGGUUUCUUUAAGGGUGUGAACUGGGCUCUCAUCAGGUCAGUGAAGCCCCCUGAGGUGCCCAGAUCAGAUAAUAUGAUCAUCAGGAGAUCAGGGAGAAGCAACUGCAAAGCCCCAGUUCCAGUUCAAAAGCUCACCAAGAAAGAGAGGGAUGAGCCCUACCACAUCCCUCAAUACAUUGAUUACUUCUAAAACAAGUGCUUAAUUAAUUAACUAACUAGCUAGCUUGUUUUGUACAUAUCUGAGAAGCUUAAUUAAUCAAUUGUUGGGCAUUUUUGACAAGAAAGAACAAAUUCGCUUGUUUUUUUCUCUUUUUUUUCCUAUUUUGUAGCUUCGAUCCACUUAAAUUUUUUCUUCUGCUUCUUCGUCGAUAAAAAAAGAUUUAUGCUCGAAGUAGCAAUGGCGACUACGAAAAAGUGGAUCGGAAUUACAAAAUUUAUGAAAUGGUGGAUUUUUAUUUUUAUUUUUAUUUUUAUUUUUAUUUUUAUUUUUUUGCAAAAGCGCAAAACUUGAUUGCGAGUGGUUCAUCAAAGAGUCAUGUAAUGUAAUCUGCAUGUAUAGGAUUGGUUGAUUGCUGUUCACUAAUCCACUAAUGGGAAGGAAAAGGAAUUAAGG